AUGCCAGCCACAACCGCAGAGACGCUGUCGCUCGUACAGCGCAACGUCUCGGUUGCCCCGCUAGUGCUGCUUUCCGUUGUCGACCACUACAACCGCACAGAAGCCUACAAGAGCAAAACCAAGCGCGUAGUAGGCGUACUAUUAGGGUCAAAUGAUGGCACAAAUGUGCGGGUGUCCAACAGCUUUGCAGUACCCUUCGAGGAGGACGACAAGGACCCGUCAGUCUGGUUCUUGGACCACAACUAUGUCGAGUCGAUGAACGACAUGUUCAAGAAGGUCAAUGCACGCGAGAAGUUAAUAGGAUGGUACCACUCCGGCCCAAAGCUGCGGGCUUCCGAUCUCGAGAUCAACGAGCUUCUCAAGCGCUACACACCGAACCCGCUGCUAGUCAUCAUUGACGUUCAACCGAAAGAGUCAGGCGUGCCAACAGAUGCAUAUUUUGCCGUGGAGGAAAUUAAGGACGACGGAACUACUACUUCCAAGACCUUUGUCCACACCCCAACGAUUAUCGAAGCCGAAGAGGCCGAGGAGAUCGGUGUUGAGCACCUCCUGCGCGACAUCCGCGACGUAGCAGUCGGCACCCUCUCGACCCGUGUCACCAACCAACUCCAAUCCCUACAGGGCCUCCACCUGCGCCUCCGCGACAUCCAAACAUACCUGCAAAAGGUCCUCGACGGGCAGCUCCCGGUGAACCACGCGAUCUUGGGUAAUCUCCAGGACGUGUUCAACCUUCUCCCGAACCUCUCAACACCGAAACCCGGCGCCGCGACGACUGGCGGUAAGAAUGACACGGAACUCAACUACGCGAUGAGCGUCAAGACCAACGACCAGCUCAUGGCUAUUUACCUGAGCAGUCUGAUCCGGGCGAUCACUGCGUUCCACGACCUUAUUGAGAACAAGAUCCAGAAUCGGCAGCAGCAAGAGGAGAAGGAGGCGGCCAAGAAGGAGAUUGAGAACGGUGGCAAGGAAGGAGACAAGAAGGAGGGGAGUCCCGCGGUCAACGGCGACUCCAAGGAAGGGGGUGGUGACAAAGAGAAGGAGGGGUCUAAGGAUAAGAAGAAAUAG